AGGGGUAAAAUGCAGCCACAGGCACAGGGGCAGGGUCUCAGCACUUGAUCUCAGCUCUGCCGGCCUUGCAGGCACCAUGCCUGCGUCUGUUGGCAACUUGACAUUCCUGACAAGCCUUGACCUUAGCCAAAACAUGCUGCAAGGUGAAAUCCCUGUAACUGUUGGCCGCUUAUACCGGCUGCGAUAUCUUGACAUCUCAAACAACUCACUCCAGAGUGAGAUCUCAGCUGGCCUGAGGAACUGCAGCAACCUUGUGAGCAUCAGGCUUGGCAAGAACCAGCUGACGGGAGGAAUCCCAGAUUGGCUUGGAGGCCUGUCAAAACUCCAAGGUGUGCUGCUCGGGCCGAACAAUUUCACAGGGGUGAUCCCCCAGUCACUUACUAAUCUUUCUUCCCUGAGGGAAAUCAACCUUGGGACCAACCACCUCGAGGGCACCAUCCCCAUGGGCUUUGGUAGAAUCCAUGGACUCGAGUCAUUCAUAGUGGCAGGAAACCAUAUCUCAGGCACAAUCCCUGCAGAUCUCCUCAAUGUGUCCUCGCUGAUAAUGCUUGCAGUGUCUGACAACACGAUGCACGGUACACUACCCUCUGACAUGGGGGCUGGCCUACCCAUGCUCAGAUAUCUCCUCCUGAGCAUGAACCACUUCUCUAGAGGAGUUCCAUCUUCACUUGGCAAUGCAACCAUGCUCUAUGUGCUAGAUCUCGGCGUUAACAGCCUCACUGGUACCAUACCACCAGGGAUAGGAAAGCUUUGUCCAGAUACUUUAAUUUUCGAUGGCAACAUGCUUGAGGCAAGCAGCACCCAGGACUGGGAGUUUAUCUCAUCCUUUAGAAAUUGCACCCGCCUACGUCUCCUCAGCCUCCAGUACAACAUGCUUGGUGGUGAGCUGCCAAGUUCCGUCUCCAAUCUUUCAUCCCAGCUUCAGUUGCUGUACCUCUCAGGUAAUGAGAUUUCUGGUAAGAUACCACUUGAUAUUGGCAAUCUGGCUGGCCUACAAGCACUGAAGCUAGACUACAACCAAUUCUCUGGGGUUUUGCCUGAUAGCAUUGGAAGGCUAUCAGCCCUGAAACUCUUGCAGUUUUCAAACAAUAACCUGUCAGGAAACCUGCCUUCUUCAAUCGGGAACCUAACACAACUACAAAUACUCCUCGCAUAUAAGAACACCUUUGAGGGGCCACUUCCAGCCAGCCUUGGCAACUUGCAACAGCUAAAUGGUGCUGGCUUGUCUAAUAACAAGUUUACUGGCCCUUUGCCAAGAGAGAUUUUCAACUUGUCAUCCUUGACAGAUGAUCUUUAUUUGUCCUAUAAUUACUUUGUUGGUUCUAUCCCACCAGAAGUUGGAAGUCCUACAAACCUUGCACAUCUGUAUAUCUCUGAGAACAAUUUAUCUGGUCCUUUGCCUGAUUCACUUGGCAACUGCGUAAGCAUGAUGAAGCUUCAAUUGAAUGGUAACUCCUUCAGUGGUGCCAUCCCUACAUCCUUUAGUUCAAUGCGUGGCUUGAUACUGCUAAAUUUAACAGAUAACAUGCUCUCAGGAAAAAUUCCUCAAGAGUUGUCCCGCAUAAGUGGUUUAGAAGAAUUGUAUCUUGCUCACAACAACCUUUCAGGACCAAUACCUCAGACCUUUGGAAAUAUGACCUCAUUGAACCAUCUAGAUGUGUCUUUCAACCAACUCAGUGGCCAAAUCCCAGUACAGGGUGUGUUUACUAAUGUAACAGCCUUCUCUUUUGCUGAUAAUGAUGAACUCUGCGGAGGUGCCCAGGAGUUGCAUUUGCCAGCUUGCCCAAACAAACCUUUGUGGCAGAGUCAAAGAAAGCAUCAUAUCAUUCUUAAAGUAGUGAUUCCAGUUGCAGGUGCACUGCUGUUAUUUGUGACCUUAGCAAUUCUUGUUAGAACCUUGCAAAAGAAAUCAAAAGCUCAAUUAGAAGCUGCACCAGUGACAGUAGAAGGUUCUCUCCAAUUGAUGGAUGGCGCGUAUCCAAGAGUUUCCUAUGCAGAUUUAGCACGUGGAACAGAUGGAUUUUCUCUAAGCAAUCGGAUUGGUACAGGGAGGUAUGGAUCAGUGUACAAGGGGAGCUUGGUGAUUAAUGACACAACAACUAUUGUUGCUGUGAAGGUUUUUGAUCUCCAACAGUCGGGCUCUUUGAGAAGUUUCAUGUCAGAGUGUGAGGCACUUCGUAAGGUUCGGCAUCGUAACUUGGUUAGUGUCAUCACUUGUUGCUCCGGUUAUGACUCCAAGCAAAACAACUUCAAAGCCAUUGUGCUAGAGUACAUGACUAAUGGGAGCCUUGAUAAGUGGUUACAUCCAGAUCAAGGUGGAGAAUCUUUAGAUCCAGUUAGUGUGACAUUAAUGCAGAGAUUGAACAUUGCUAUUGACACCUGUGAUGCGAUGGACUACCUGCAUAAUAGUUGCCAGCCACCUAUAGUUCACUGCGACUUAAAGCCGAGCAACAUCCUUCUCAAUGAAGACUUUGAUGCUCUUGUCGGAGAUUUUGGAAUUGCGAAGAUUCUUAGAGACUCAACAGGUGACUCCCCGACCAUGAACUCCAGAAGCUCCACUGGCACCGGGAUAAGAGGAACAAUUGGAUAUGUUGCUCCAGAAUAUGGGGAAGGUCACCAAGUUUCCCCAUGCGGAGAUGUUUACAGUUUUGGAAUUCUACUCCUGGAGUUGUUUACUGGAAAGGCUCCUACCAAUGACAUGUUUGCAGAUGGCCUGAGCUUGCAGGGCUACGUCCAGGCUGCAUUCCCAGAUCAUCUGAUGGACAUUGUAGAUCCUGCUAUUGUAGCAGUAGAAGAAAACCAUGUGUUUGAUGUGCAUAGCGGAACCAGCAACGGUCCACAGGGACAAAUCAACAGCAUCCUGGUAUCUGUUACUGGGCUGGCACUGUUGUGUACUAAGCAGGCACCGACAGAAAGGAUAUCCAUGAGAAAUGCAGCCACUGAGCUGCGGAAGAUAAGGGCUCACAUCAUCUGCCAGUAA